AUGUCCAACUUCCUCCGAAGGCGCCGUGCAUCUGGCGGGCCAUCCCAGAUUAUCGCUGUCCCUCCUCCCCCACAGAUCCCCCACAGAUAUGACCACCCCGUACGCCGUCUGGGCAUCACCAACACCACCUUCCCCAUCCCCACCAACAAAUUCUACGCCAACUUCUUUCUCGGAGCCCAGACAGAUCCCUCCUUCACCCACCCAUACUCGCUCGUCUGGGCCAAAGGCGCUGGCCCAGAAGCGGGCUUUGGCCUCGCAGUAUGCCACACGGAGGAGAGCCAGCUCGUAUGGGGCCCCGGCGACCCCGCCAAGUGGUUCUACAACCCCAUCCGCGUCCACUCCAUCGUCCUCUCUGCCCGCGAGCUUACCCCUGAGACCCAGCUCACCACCGAUUCUCUCGGGGACAUGUCUGUCAACGUCAACCUCCUCCCGAACAAGUCCACCGUUACCCCGACCAUCACGUUUCCGCUCGUCCAGGGCAUGGGCUUCGUCACUGCCCUCUACCGCGAUGCGACGCCCCAGAUAUCAAGCGGUGUCGGGUUCGAGAGCGCGCUGUAUGCGGGCGAGGUCGUCAGUGGGCAAGUGUACAAGUAUCGUGCGGUUCUUGCAGACAAGACGACGUGGCUCAUCUACAUCGUUCCGACGGGCACGCAGGGAGGGUACCGAGCAGACACGUUCUCGCUCAAUAUCCGCAACGUGCUGGUCGGCCCUUCGCACUUUGAUGGAUUUGUUCAGGUUUGCAAGGUUCCUGUCGGCGACACGCAGGCUGAGGCGCUGUACAACGCGUGCGUUGGCGUGUAUGCGCAGUCGGCAGAGGCUGGCUUCGAUCCAGCUAGGGAUGGCGUCUAUACGCUCACCUGGCUGAAACAGGGUCCGCUCACGAGGAAGCGCUCGCUCCUUAUGUUCGCCCUCCCGCAUCAUGUCGACACCUUGUUCAAGGCGGGUGACAUCUCUAUGACGUCUAUACAGCUGCAGACGACCACCAAGGGCGUUGCGACUGCAGUUCGUGGUGAUGCGUGGACACUCGGCGAGUCCAGUCUCCCGAUUGACUUGUCGUUUGCCCCGUGGACGCCGUCGCAGGGGAGCAUCAUGGACGUCUCCGAGCAGGCCGCCGCCUUCAUCCGCGGUGCUGCUGCGCGCGAGCUCGCCCAGAAGAUGCACGCGCAGACGGUCCUGGGCAGCAUGUACUUCAGUGGCAAGGGCCUUGCCAAGUUCGCCGCGCUCACGUACGCCGUCCACGUCCUCGGCAAGGACGCGAGCCUCGCGAACAUGGGCCUCCAGGAGCUCAAGCAGUGCUUCGCAGUUUUCGUCGAGAACCGCCAGCCGGUGCCGCUCGUGUACGAUGCCGUGUGGGGUGGAGUGGUCUCGUCGGCCGUGUACUACUCGCACGACCCGCUCGUGGACUUUGGCAACGGGUACUACAAUGACCAUCAUUUUCAUUAUUCCUAUUUCGUCUAUACCGCUGCUGUCAUCGGGCACUUGGACCCUGCCUGGCUGUCUCAGGGCACGAAUAGGGCUUGGGUCGACAUGCUCCUGCGUGACUAUGCCGGUUCGCUAGUUGGCCAGCUUGAUCAGCAUUUUCCUAAGUCGAGGUCGUUUGACUGGUAUCACGGCCAUAGCUGGGCCAAAGGUCUGUUUCCGAGUGCGGAUGGCAAGGACCAGGAGAGCACGUCCGAGGAUGCGCUCGCGAGUUAUGCCAUCAAGAUGUGGGGGUCUACUAUUGGUGACUCUAUGCUCGAGGUCCAGGGCACGCUUAUGCUUGCUAUCCAAGCUAACGUGUUUAAGACGUACUUUCUUUAUGGUGGCUCGACCAAAGGAAAAGAUGUGCAGCCGCAGCGCUUUGUCGGGAAUAUGGUUGGCGGUAUUCUGUUUGAGAACAAGAUAGAUCACACAACGUAUUUUGGGGCUGAUCCGUCAUUCAUUCAUGGCAUUCACAUGCUCCCGCUUCUGCCAUAUACCCCCCUUAUCCGUUCGCCUGCCUUUGUAAAAGAGGAGUGGGAGGCCUUCUUUUCAAAUGGACGGGCCGAGCAGGCACCUGGCGGAUGGCAGGGUGUGUUGUAUGCAAACCUGGCAUUGUCAGAUCCUCAGGCAAGCUGGAAGUUCUUCACAAGGAAUGGGUUUAAUAUGCAAGCUUUGGAUGGAGGUGCAAGCUUGACUUGGUAUUGUGCAUGGAUAGCAGCUAUAGGUAAACUAUAGACCCCACACACUGUGAUAGUAUAUUGACAUGAGAUUCAUGCACAUAAAGCAUCAUCAUAUAGAAUUAGUGGUUUGUACCUGAGGUUUGACUCAUGUUGGCCUAUAUGCAAUAAGGAGGCCGUCAGGGAGAUCAUGUUGAAAUUGGUGUUCAAUCUUGCUCACAUCAUGAUGUGUCAUUUUAUAUUACUGUUUGUAAGGUUUUAUC